AGCCAAUCCUUAUCCCGAAGUUACGGAUCCAUUUUGCCGACUUCCCUUAUCUACAUUGUUCUAUCAACUAGAGGCUGUUCACCUUGGAGACCUGCUGCGGUUAUGAGUACGACCUGGCGUGAAAACUAUUCCUUCCCGCGGAUUUUCAAGGGUCGUCGGGGGCGCACCGGACCCUGCAAAGGUGCAGGGCUCUGCCAGCCAUGGAACCCUAGCUCCGGACAAACCGAUUUCAGGGUGAUAGGCUGU